GAGGCGUGGGGGAUGGGGGCGUCGGGUCAGUCUUUUCCGUGCUGUGUCCCCUUUUCUCCGCUCGGCGCAGACGCCAUGUUGGCUGGAAGGGAAGAUGACAAGAGGUGGCUGCAGGAGUAGCGGCGGCGGCGGCAGGCGGUGAAGGGUACAGAGGAGCAGCCUGCAUUGGGGAAAGCUCUUCCCAGCCCUUUUUCAUUCAACGGGCUCUCUGGUCGGCGGGAGGAGAAGGAGCUGCUCCUCCGCCUCAGCUGCGGGGGGCUUCCGUUAACCAUCUGCUGCUGAGGGAGACCCCGGAGGAGGAGGAGGAGGAGGAGGAAGAGGCGGAGAAGCGACUGUGGAGAAACGAGCCGGCGGCGGCGAUGAAAGCCGAGACCUGAGGCGGAGGGGGCGGCGAGGGCUGCUGCUCCUGCUGCGAGAGGCAACUGCAGUUUAAAUCCCCCCUUGAGCUGCUGCUGCUGCAGUUUGAGGGGGGAGGGUAACAUUUCUUUGUCCCUUCCCCUCCCUCUUUCCCAGCUCAUUUUAAUGCAUAUAUUUUAACUCAAUAUUAUAAAUGCUGUAGGAAGCACCUUUCCAAGGAAGAGAAUCCCCCACCCCACUUUCACUUCGUGAGAAUCGGGCGAGAUCACCCGCCCCCCAAAGAACUUUGGCCUCAGGGAAAGAGGACGGUCGCUUGCUUUACUUCAUUGAGUGCCUGUCGCUUUUUUUCUUCUUCUUCGUUUUAAUGAGGAGGUGACUCCGACCCAGAACUAUCCUCUGAAUCAUCUUCGUCAUUCAUUAUUGGUCUAGGCUGGAGAGGAAGAGCAAGAGAGACGAAGAAAAGCGCUCGUACACAAUUCAUGUUGUUGUAUGUUUUUGCCUGGUCUGUCUGGCACAACUGGUAUUCGUGCUGCUGCUGACAGGAAUCCGUUUCUCUCUCUGGUUUCCCUGUGGUUUCCUCUCUGAUCCAGCCUUUUAACACCAACUGGAUUCUUUUUCAACCCCAAUUGUCAGUUUCCUUGCUCUGGGUCAGGUGUUUUUACUGGAGGAAGCAAAGGCACAGAACUUACCAGGAACAAACCAAAGAUUGGUUAGCUGGAAGAUCUUUUUCCUGUGUUGUCUUGGCUGGCUUUUACAUUUAUUUUCUUCUGUGUUUCUUGAAACCAACAGCAUAAUAUCAAGAUGUCUAGCAGUGUUCCGUCUGAUAUGAUAAAUUUGCGCCUCAUUUUGGUAAGUGGAAAAACGAAAGAGUUCUUGUUCUCACCAAAUGAUUCAGCAGCAGACAUUGCAAAACAUGUAUAUGACAACUGGCCAAUGGAUUGGGAAGAAGAACAAGUGAGCAGUCCAAAUAUUCUGAGACUUAUUUAUCAAGGAAGAUUUCUACAUGGCAAUGUCACACUAGGAGCAUUAAAACUGCCUUUUGGCAAAACAACAGUGAUGCAUUUGGUGGCUAGAGAAACAUUGCCAGAGCCAAACUCUCAAGGGCAGAGAAAUCGUGAAAAAACUGGAGAGAGCAACUGCUGUGUGAUCCUGUAGAAGCGCCACUGUAUCUGCUACUUGUGAUGUAGAAUAGUUUCUGUCUUUCAUGCUGCAGGAUUAGAGGAGACCAACAUUGUUUCAAAAACCCUUUCUGCCUAUCUGUGAAUCCACUGAACUGAAAUAUUACAUGAACCUGGUCACACUUCUUUUCUAGAACAAUGAACACUUUUUUAUUUCUACUGUUUAUGUUCUUGAACAAGCUUAUUAAUUCAUCAUUUCACCAAUGAAUUUUCUCUCCAAGAAAAAGUUAACUGUACUCUUCAGCAAAAAUCAUUUUGCUACCAUAAAAUCAUUCUUAAUCGGAACUUUAACCAAUCAAGAAUUCUAGAUGCAAUUUGCACUAAAACAGUUGACAAUAUAUAGACCUCAUCAACAAACAUUAUUAAGUAUUUCCAACACCAAGAAAUGAAUCAGCACUGAAAAAUAAACCAUAGUCUUUUUCUUAAAUUCAGUCAUGGCCAGUUGAAAGCAGGGGGAUGGACGGGUGGGGAAGAAUAACUACUAAGUAAAUUCUACAUAAGUCACCCUUGAUGGCCAAGUGGCACAAAAUACAAACUAAAAUUGUCUUCACUCUAUAUAUAUGUGCCUGUAAUUUUAAAGCACUCUGUAGAGGGCUCUUGCAACUAAUUAUUUUUUAAUUGAUGUGCACUCUUCUUUUGUACAUUUGUUGAGUGCUUGUUUAGACAGCACAAAUAAAUGCAGAGAGUGCAUUUCCUAGCCUUAAUAUGGGAGGGGUAAUUUCCUGUAGUUCAUAGGCUUUUAUUAUUGUGCAUAAAUAUUAAAGACCUCAUUUACUAAUCAAUUUAUGUCUUUGAAUAUCUACAGUUGUUUUUCAGUCAUCCUUAUUCAUCUGAUCUUAGUGUCCAGUGUCAUGCUUACUCAACAGUGAUUUUAAAGAGAUAAUUAAAAGAAAAGGAGGAUAAAAUAGAAAAAUUUGCUAUAUAAUGAGUUCAUUUGUUUGUUAUUUGCAUUUGAUAUUAGUGCUUGCAAUUGUAUUGGAAAUCAACAGCUGUUUUUUAAAAGCAUACAUAGUUACAAAGGAUGCCAUUAUUUUAUUUCAUGUAAUUUAAAAAAAAAGAUAUGCUAAAAAAAUUUGCACAGCACUAAAGCAUGAGGUAGUUUCAUCUAAACUGUAAAAAUUAUAUAAAGAUUUUAUAUUUUUUCCACUAGGGAGAAAACUUCCUAGUUGAAAGUACAAAUGUGUAGAAUAUAUUUAAUUAAAAAACUUAUAAAAACAUGGCUAUAGAACAUAAGUAUAGAUUGGCGUGUAGAAUAAUACAACAAUAAACCAUAUAAAUAGAUCUAGGCUUUUAAAGAUGCAGAUUGACAUUGUGUUCUGUAUUUGAGUCCAUAGCCCUUACAAAUGUUCCGUGUUUUGAAUGAUCUUCAUUUAAAUGUAAUCAGGAUAUUUUAUUCAAUGUUACUGCUUUGACAAAAUGCUUUAUAUGCAGUAGGCCUAAAAAGAUACUGUUCAUAAUGAUCAAAAUUAAAUUUGUAUAGAGCAGAGUUUUAAACAAAUUGUAAAUAGCACUAAACAUUUUCCUUCUGCAACCUGUACUGAUAGAUUCUUCUGUAAACUAAAUAAAAGAAGAAUAUUGUA